GCCCAGACCGAAAGAAGCAAGCGAGCGAGGAACGAGAGGGAUCCAUCCAGCAGACGGUGCCACAAGGCGUCGACUGAAGGGCAAGGACAGCGGCCCUCCCACCAGCUUCGCGACCGCGUCAGCACCACCAACCGUCGGCCGACGCCGUCCAUCACAGGUCGGGGGCGGCGGGGCGAACGGACGGCGCCGCUCCGGUUUGCACUUCUGGUCUCUUCAGAAGAACACGGCUCCUGUGGCAUGACGACGACAAACAAAGGAAAUAAAGCCUUAAAGGUGAAGCGAGAGCCAGGAGAGAAUGGCACCAGCUUGACAGAUGAUGAGCUGGUGACCAUGUCAGUGCGGGAGCUUAACCAACACCUCCGGGGGCUCACUAAGGAGGAGAUCCUGCAACUGAAGCAGCGGCGACGCACCCUGAAGAAUCGGGGCUAUGCCGCCAGCUGCCGAGUGAAGAGAGUUACCCAGAAGGAAGAGCUGGAAAAGCAGAAGGCCCAACUGCAACAGGAAGUGGACAAACUGGCCAAUGAGAAUGCUUCCAUGCGCCUAGAGCUAGACGCUCUCAGGUCCAAGUAUGAGGCCUUACAGACCUUUGCCAGGACUGUGGCGAGGAGCCCCACCGUGGGAGUCGGAGUCAGGGCCGGAGGGGGAGGAGGAGGGGUAGCGUCACCGGUCAUUGGUCCACUCAUUCCCGGGAAGGCGGCAACGGCGACGAGUGUCAUCACAAUAGUGAAGUCCAAAACGGAUGCACGGUCUUGAGGGAGGUUUAGAUUGAGAAAAGGUGUUUCCGGAUGGAAUUCAGCUACGUCUAAGAAGUUCUUCUCUGCUUGCCACGCCUUCUUCACCUGCUCUCUACACCUGUGUCAAGUCACUCCGCUGACCUGACACAGGUCUCGAGUGAGGUCCAGGACUAGAUGGAACCAGAGGACUCGACCCUCGAUCCCAACGGACCCGGCAAUUUCAAGUCGACCAUUGUAAUGAAAAUGCUGUCGAAGUGAGGACGCUCCAAUGUUCCCAUUUCAUGGCUACACAAACAGAUGGUAAUGGAGAUCAUUUCUGUGAUGGAUUUAGAGAAAGAACAGUUUGAUGGUAGAUCAUCUCAUGUGACCCGAUAAUUUCAU